AUGUCCAGCCGCCGUUCGUUGCUCGGAUCGGCGCUAGAGGCUUUACCAGCGCCCACAGACCCUCUCCGAGAGCUGUUCGAAGCUUGCAAAACGGGCGACUCUGCUCAGGUGAAAAAGUUGCUAACGCCGCAAACUGUAAACGCGAGGGACACAGCUGGACGCAAAUCGACGCCUUUGCACUUCGCCGCAGGCUACGGACGCCGGGAGGUGGUCGAGCUGCUAAUAGCCGGGGGCGCAGCCCUACAGGCUCGGGACGAGGGGGGCCUCCAGCCGCUGCACAACGCGUGCUCGUUCGGCCACGCGGACGUGGUGAGAGCCCUACUGACGGCGGGUGCUCCGCCGGCGGCCCGAGACAAUUGGGGCUACACGCCGCUGCACGAGGCCGCCGCCAAGGGGAAAGUGGACGUCUGCAUCGCGUUACUUCAACAUGGGGCCGAUCCGAACAUUAGGAAUACGGAGGGGAAGACACCAUUGGACCUCGCUGAUGCAGCCACCAGACCUGUGCUCACAGGCGAGUACUGCGCGGCGGACGUGUUGGAGGCGGCGCGCGCUGGUGCCGAUGAGCGAUUGGCGGCGCUCCUCACUCCCCUCAACGUGAACGUUCACGCCGGGGAUGGACGUCGCUCGACUCCCUUGCACCUCGCCGCCGGCUACAACAGAGCGAGGGCGGUGCGGCUGCUGCUGCAACGCGGCGCCGACGUCCACGCCAAGGACAAGGGGGGUCUGGUGCCGCUGCACAACGCGUGCUCUUACGGCCACUACGAGGUGACCGAGCUGCUGGUUCGCGCCGGGGCGGACGUGAACGCGACCGACCUGUGGGCCUUCACGCCCCUCCACGAGGCGGCGAGCAAGGCGCGGCUCGAGGUGUGCUCGCUCCUAUUAAGCGAAGGCGCUGAUCCGACCUUGCUGAAUUGCCACGGCAAGUCCGCCCUGGACGUGGCGCCGACGCGCGACCUCCAGGAGAAAUUGGCUUUCGAGUACCGGGGCCACUGCCUCCUGGAGGCGUGCCGCCUCGCGGAGCCAGCUCGCGUCAAGAAGCAGCUGUCCGUCACCAACCAGCAGCAGACGCAGAGUGGCCAGGGCGGCCACCUGAGCGCGGAGGGCGUGGAGGCCCUCGUGAACUUCGGCCACCUGGCCACCGGCGACCGACCGCUGCACUGCGCCGCGGCCAGCGUCUACCCCAAGCGGAAGCAGGUCAUGGAGAUGCUCAUAAGGAAGGGCGCGAGGGUAAACGAGAAAAACAAAGAGGGACAGAGUCCGCUCCACGUGGCGACGGAGCACGCGCACCUGGAUGCCAUGGACCUCCUUUUACGUCACGGUGCCAAGGUGAACGCGUGCGACGCGCGCGGCGAGAGCGCCCUCUGCGUGGCGGCGCGGCGAGAGGCGGGCGCCGCGUGCCGGCUGCUGCUCGCGUGCGGCGCGGACGCCCGGGGGGACGCGCCGCAAAUGCCGCAACUGCCCCAACUGCCCCAACUGCCGCAACUGCCCCAGAUACCGCAAAUGCCACAAUUGACGCCCGAAGCGCCGCACGAGCUGCAGCACGAGCUGCAGCACGAGCUGCAGCACGACGCGCCCCGCGAUUCCGACGGUGAGUUCAGUGCUUUUUUU